AUGCGUUUCGCUUACGUCUUCGCCGCUCUUGCGGUGCCCAUCUACGCCCAUCCCAGCAUGACCAAUCUGGUGAACGAACUCAUGAGCCGCCAAGCUGAUGACAGCACUCUUGAAAACGAUGACAUUGCCGCGGACCUUCAUAAGGUUUCCGACUCUUCUCUUACAUCUGUCGGCCAAGAGAUCAGGGAUCUGCUGGCUCGCAAAGGCAACCCGCAGACCACAGAACAUUACGGUUCGGUUCCCGACCUGGGUUCAGACAAAUGCCAAAAGGACACCUGCUGUGUAUGGAGCUACAUCGGCAAGGAAAUGAGGGACACCUUUCUCAAUCCUGACGAUUCUUGCAACCGCUUCGCCCGUCAGAUGGUCCGUUUGGGCUUCCAUGAUUGCAUCACUCAUGCGGGCCGUGGUAAGGGCGGUUGCGACGGCUCUAUCGUCAACUCGAAUGACGAGAAUGCACGCGUGGAGAACAAGGGCAUGCAAGAGAUCACGAGCAAGUUGAAGCAAUGGUUCAACAAGUACGAAAAGUACGGCAUCACCAUGGCCGACUUGAUCCAGUUUGGUGCUUCCGUCGCCGUUCACACAUGCCCCGGCGGCCCGAGCUGCAAGGUCUUCAUGGGACGUCAGGAUACGAACGACGCGAACCCGUCCGGCCUGGUUCCCACGCCCUUCGACACGGCGGAGCAGCUCAUCCAGAAGUUCAAGGCCAAGUCCCUCGACGAACAGAGCCUCGCCUCGCUGCUCGGCUCCCACACGAUCAGCCAACAGUUUGUCGUUGAUCCCAAGCGCGCCGGUGAUCCCCAGGACAGCACGCCUACCAAAUGGGACCAGAAGUACUACGUGCAGACCCUGGACCAGAGCAAGGCACCGAGCAACGUCUUCUCGUUCGCCAGCGACAUCAACCUGGCCAAGGACAAGGUCGGCCAGACCUGGUUCCAGAUCUUCGCUACUGACAAGGACCGCUGGGACAACGCAUACUGUUACGGAUUUAUCCGCCUCAGCCUUAUCGGCACCUACAAUCUCAACGAUUUGCAUGACUGCAGCAAGGCGUUGCCUGUUUAA